AUGGUGAUGCAGACGGAAGCUAGGGUCGGUGUUAGCUCAGGUCAUGGCGUCGUCGGGAACAAAGCUUCGUCUCAUCGUCUAACGCAGGAUCAGAGAUCACAUAUCGAAUCGGCGUCUCAGCUCUUGGCCGGAGGAAUCGCCGGCGCUUUUAGCAAAACUUGCACUGCCCCUCUCUCCCGCCUCACCAUUCUCUUCCAGGUGCAAGGCAUGCAUUCAAACGCUGCAGCUCUAAGAAAGCCGAGCAUAAUGCACGAAGCUUCACGGAUACUGAAUGAAGAAGGACUCAAGGCUUUCUGGAAAGGGAAUCUGGUCACAAUUGCCCACCGGCUUCCGUAUUCUUCUGUCAACUUCUACGCAUAUGAACACUACAAGAAGUUCAUGUAUAUGGUUACUGGGAUGGGAAGUCACAGGGAGAGUAUAAGCUCAAACCUUUUUGUACAUUUUGUAGCCGGUGGUUUGGCUGGAAUCACUGCUGCUUCUGCCACUUAUCCACUUGAUCUUGUUAGAACUCGUCUCGCUGCUCAGACAAACGUAAUCUACUACACGGGUAUUUGGCAUACUCUGCGUACGAUCUGCGUCGACGAAGGUAUCUUGGGACUCUACAAGGGACUUGGAACAACGCUUGUGGGUGUUGGGCCUAGUAUUGCCAUUAGCUUCUCUGCGUAUGAGUCUUUGAGAUCUUACUGGAGAUCAAAUAGGCCUCAUGAUUCUCCUGUCAUGGUCAGCUUAGCUUGUGGAAGUCUUUCAGGGAUAGCUUCUUCAACAGCUACGUUCCCGUUGGAUCUGGUGAGGAGAAGGAAGCAGCUAGAAGGAGUGGGAGGGAGAGCGGUUGUGUACAAGACAGGUUUGUUGGGGACAUUAAAGCGUAUAGUGAAGACAGAAGGAGUGAGAGGUUUGUACAGAGGGAUUCUUCCAGAGUACUACAAAGUGGUGCCUGGUGUUGGGAUUUGCUUCAUGACCUACGAGACACUCAAGCUUUACUUCGUUGAUCUUUCCUCAAAGCUAUAG